AUGCCGAUAUUAGGCAUUCCCUUAUUUUUUGAGGGCGAAUCCCUAAGAUUGUCAUCGCCUGUCGGCGUGUCGAUCUUAGGGAUAGGAAUACGUUCGAGGCUGGCAACUUCCUGCGAGGGUUCCUGGCGGCCGCGUCUGUACUGCACUGCGUCUCCUCGAGAGGUGGCCGCGGCGAACGCGGCCAUCGACGCCCACGCGGCGGACAUCCGGGAGAGGCGCGACCCAGAGCUGCGCAACGCCCGCGCGGGCUCCGCGCUGGCCGGGGACGGCGAGAGCGGGCGGCGCGACCUCGGAGGCAUGCUGGGCUGGCCGCCGCCCCACAGCGACCCCUUCCGCUCCUGGCUGGCCCACCCCCGCCUGGUGCCGUACCUGAACGAGCUCUGCGGCGAGGGGUACCGGAUGGACCACCUGCCGAUGGUCAUCCUGCAGAGCAAGGGCAGCGAGGGGUUCAAGCUGCACGGCGGCCCGGUGACGUCAGCGGGCAGGUUCAACCCCACGCUGCAGUACCGCUGUGUGGGUGGGCAGUUCUUCAACUCGCUGUUGGCGAUGUCCGUGCAGCUGUCGCCACACGCCGCGGGAGACGGCGGCUUCAUCGUCGUGCGAGGCUCGCACAAGAUGAACUUCGGCGUGCCAGAAGCCUUCAUGAACGGGGACGACUUCCAGGAGCACCUCUAUCAGCCUGUCACGCGCCCAGGGGACGUCGUCUUCUUCUCCGAGGCCACCGUGCACGGCGCGCAGCCGUGGAGGGCAGAGCACGAGCGCCGCGUGGCCCUCUACCGCUUCGCCCCGGCCACGUCCUGCUACGGGCGGACCUACUCCCCGCAGUGGCCGAAGGAGAUGCUCGAAGGACUGACGCCGUCGCAGCGUGCGGUGCUCGAGCCGCCGUAUGCGGAGCGCCUGGACCGUCCGGUGCUGGUCCCCGGGGCCGAGGAUCCCGUCGUCAGGAGCAGGAACGCCAAGAAGCGCGCGUUCGACAAGGAAGUUUUCGGGACGGACUACUUCUGA